GUAUUACGCCCUCGGCUACGCGACUCCACAUGUUCAUUCGUAUCUCCCUCUCCCAAGGGAGGCCGCCCGCAGAUGCAUAGUUAGCUUCAUCUCCAGCUUCUUCCAAUGGCAUGGAGGCGAAGGCGAAGGAAGCUCUAAAUCUAUGUUCUCCAUCCCUCAUGCUCUUCCCUAAAUUUAAACUACUCAUCUCGACGACAACCCUAGCCGCCACCGCCGCUGAGGUACGCCCCUUCCAUCAUCUCCUCCCUUCCAUCAAAGCCUACUACUCCUCCUCCUCGUCUUCCCCCGUUGAUCUUCCCCCUUUCGACGCCCUCCUCUCCGGUAUCCUCGACUCUGAUCCCGCCGCCUUCACCCGUGGCUUUCGUGCUCCGGACUCCAUCAAGCCUCUCCUCUCCGAGCCUCACCUAUUCCUCGCUGCCCUGCGCUCAGUCCGACGCCGCCCUCGCCUCGCCCUCCGCUUCUUCCGCUGGGCCGAGAGCCAGCCCGGCUUCCCCUGCUCGGAGGCUGCCUUCUGCGCCGUCCUCCAGAUACUCGCUGAGGGCGGCCUCAUGCGUGCCGCCUACUCCGUCGCCCAGCGUGUGCUUCACCUCCGUCUCCACGGCAUCGUUGACCUCCUUAUCGACGGACACGCUGGUCCCGAGGCCACGGCCCCCCUCCUGGAUCUGCUUCUCUGGCUGUACACCAAGUGUUCGAUGGUGGAGCUCGCCGUGUCCACCUUCUACAAGAUGGUAGCCCACGGGUUCCUGCCGGACGUCAAGAACUGCAACAGGAUUCUGAGGAUCUUGAGGGACACGGCCCAGUGGACGGAGGUGCGCGCCAUCUACAAACAUAUGAUUAAAGUCGGCGUCCAGCCUACCAUUGUAACUUUCAAUACGAUGCUCGAUUCCUUUUGCAAGGAAGGAAAGGCGGAAGAGGCUCUCAAGAUUUUGGGCGAGAUGGAAGAUCAGGACGCUGGGUGCUUACCCAAUGAUAUUACCUAUAAUGUCAUCAUCAACGGCCUGUCAAAGAAGGGGGAAUUGGACAAGGCAGAGAAGUUGCUUGACAAAAUGAGGUGCUCCCGAAAGGCCUCAUCUUUUACUUACAAUCCUUUGAUUAGUGGGUUAUUCAGCAAAGGUUUUGUCGACGAGGCACUGGGUUUCAGGGAUGAGAUGGUGGGGUUCGGAGUGAUGCCAACAGUGGUGACUUACAAUGCUUUAAUCUAUGGGUUGUGUAGGAGUGGACGGAUGGAAGAGGCCCAGGAGAAGUUUGUCGAAAUGGGUAAGAUGAAUCUGGCACAAGAUGUAGUAUCUUACAACUCUUUAAUUUAUGGGUAUUGCAGAUUAGGGAAUGUAAAAGAGGCUCUAUGCUUGUUUAAUCAUCUGAGAGAUGCACAUAUAGCUCCUAAUAUUAGAACUUACAACAUUCUUAUAGAUGGUCAUUGUAGAUUGGGAGCCCUGGAUGGGGCUCAGAAGUUUAAGGAGGAGAUGAUUUGUUCGGGGUUUCUGCCCGAUGUUUAUACGUAUACCAUUCUGGUAAAUGGGUCUUGCAAGAUGGGAAAUCUUGCCAUGGCAAAAGGAUUUUUUGAUGAGAUGUUACAAAAAGGUCUCGAGCCAGAUUGCCAUGCGUACACAACAAGAAUAGUUGGAGAAUUGAAGUUAGGGGAUACUUCUAAGGCUUUUCAAUUGCGGGAAGAGAUGAAAGCAAAAGGCAUCACUCCUAAUAUAGUUACCUACAAUGUUCUGAUAGAUGGGCUAUGCAAGAUGGGAAAUCUGAAAGAGGCAUAUGGUUUGUGGCAAAAGAUGGUACAUGAUGGAUUUCAUCCAAAUUGUGUAACCUAUACUUGCUUAAUUAAUGCACAUUGCGAGAAGGGUCAUAUGAGAGAAGCAAAAAAUCUGUUUGAUAGCAUGCUUAGUAAUAAUUUAUCGCCGACAGUCGUCACCUACACUGUUCUCAUUCAUGCACAUGCAAAUAAAGGAAAUUUGGAGGCUGCAUAUGGCUACUUCUCCAAGAUGCUGGAGGAGAAUGUCUUGCCUAACGAAAUAACUUAUAAUGCCCUCAUAAAUGGGCUCUGUAGAAAGCACAAGGUUGAAUUGGCUUAUGAGCUCUUCGACAAGAUGCAAGGAAAUGGUUUGUCCCCAAAUAAGUAUACAUAUACUUUACUCAUAAAUGAAAAUUGCAAUUUGGGUAACUGGAAAGAAGCACUGAGGUUGUAUGCUGAAAUGCAUGAGAAAGAAAUUAUUCCUGAUUUUUGCACUCAGAAUGUUUUGUUUAAAGGUUUUGGUGAAGACUUCAAGCAUCAUGCAGUGAAAUUUUUAGAAACUGAUGUUCUUUGCAGUUAAUUGAUGAUUCAAAUGCCAUAGUUAUACAUGGUCAGGGGCAGACAAAUAAGAAUUUGUGUGUUGACAUUUGUAUCACAAUUGUAUUUUUUUUCCUCUGGCAGCAGUGAUAGCAGAUAUUCAGCAUGUCUGAUGAUACGUCCACAGGCAUGUAGCUGUCCAAGUGUCCAGAGUGACUUCCAAAGACAGCAAAUAAUCUAGCACUGGCAAACUCCAGUCCUUUGCUGUGUUAAGUCAGUCAUGAUGAUGUAUUCCAUUAAAGCAUGAUGCUAAUCUGUAUGACUGAUGGUUCAUUCACAUAAAGGAGGCCACACCCAGUAAACAACCAGACAAUUUGCAGUGUUGGUGGACUUGAGUCUAAAAUAUGCAGUUUUUUCUUUUAAAUUUGUAUGAGAUGAAUAAUCAUUUUUUUAUCCUCUCAAGGGAUGAUAUCACAAAGUUGCAGCAGGUAAGGUGACAUGAUAAUUUUGUAAAUUCAAACUAUUCUUUGUAACACAAUAGUACAUCAAGCUUUGGUCUUUCAUUUGUCUCCAUAUACAGCAAUUAUUUAAUCACCAUAUCUAUUUUAACGGCUGUCAUUGGAUAAUUAAACCAAAACAGUAUUGUUGGGCUAAAGUUAUUCUAUUGUUAAAAGUUUUUCUCUCAUUGUGUUCCAGCUGCCUGAUUUGUGGUUUUGACCUAGUAAAAUUGAGGUGUAUGUAAAGCUGCAAACAAGGGCACAAAAAAGAAGGAUAUAAAAAUCUUCAGUCACAAGAUACAGAAGUUACUUAGGGAGAUGCCCUUGGUUGAUGAGUUCUGAAAUCCUAGCUUCUAGAUCAUGGGGUACGCACAAAAGAAGAACCAGAUAGAUGCAAAGCAGAUGUCGGGCAAUAAAUAUUUACUCAUUCGUGGAUCCAUUUCAUCUAUGCUUCGUUGGCAGUCCUAAUUUUCUAUCAUGAUGAAGGGAUGUAUCAUGACUUUGCCAUAGGUUUUUAAAUGUGAAUUCUUCAAAUUAAUCUGCAUUACUCUGUAUCUUUGUGCUUUUUAGCACUGAAUUAAAACGUGUAACUAUAAUAUGAGUUUUUAUUUUGUAAGCUUGGUUAUUCGAAGACAA